UUAAAUGUACUGUCGGUCUUUUUAUAAACUACAAAAUAAAUUUCUCCAGUUAUAAAAGGUCAAAAAGAGUACUCAAUAUUACUACUACAAUUUUUCGCACUGUUUGCGGUUGUGGUACAAAAAAAACCACCUUAGAGAUUCCAUUGAAAGAGUAAAAGGUUCAUUAAGAAGGAUUACGACUGCACUUUUUAAAGGAUUGUGCCAGUAUCUCAGUAAUGAAUCAAGCAAAAAUCAAGCGCAGAGUUGGUAAAUAUGAAAUGGGAAGGACAAUUGGUGAGGGAACAUUUGCUAAAGUUAAGUUUGCAAGGAAUUCAGAGACAGGUGAUCCUGUAGCAAUCAAGAUUCUUGAUAAGGAUAAGGUCCUUAAGCACAAAAUGGCUGAGCAGAUAAAGCGGGAGAUAGCUACAAUGAAGUUAAUCAGACAUCCACAUGUCGUUCAGUUAUACGAGGUGUUGGCUAGCAAGACAAAGAUAUUCAUUGUUCUGGAGUUCGUAACAGGUGGAGAGCUCUUUGACAAAAUUGUAAAUCAUGGACGGAUGCACGAAAAAGAAGCAAGGAAAUAUUUCCAUCAGCUUAUUAAUGCUGUUGAUUAUUGUCAUAGCAGGGGAGUCUACCAUAGAGAUCUAAAGCCUGAGAAUUUACUGUUGCAUGCCUCUGGACACCUCAAGGUUUCUGAUUUUGGAUUGAGUGCUCUGUCCCAGCAAGUCAGGGAUGAUGGUUUACUCCAUACCACAUGUGGAACUCCUAACUAUGUUGCUCCUGAGGUACUCAAUGAUCAUGGAUAUGACGGUACAACGGCGGACCUGUGGUCAUGUGGAGUCAUACUCUUUGUAUUGCUUGCAGGUUACUUGCCUUUUGAUGACUCUAAUCUUAUGAACCUGUAUAAAAAAAUCUCUUCUGCUGAAUUUAGUUGUCCACCUUGGAUGUCUUUUGGCGCUAUGAAGUUAAUUACUCGCAUCUUGGAUCCAAACCCUAUGACACGUAUUACCGUUGCAGAAAUUCUGGAGGACGAAUGGUUCAAGAAAGAUUAUAAACCUCCUGUUUUUAAUGAGAAAGAAGAUGCCAACCUGGAUGAUGUUGAAGCUGUCUUCAAGGAUUCUGAAGAAUAUCAUGUAACAGAGAAAAAGGAAGAGCAGCCAACACCCAUGAACGCAUUCGAGUUGAUUUCAAUGUCAAAAGGACUCAACCUUGGGAAUCUCUUCGAGGAACAGCAGGGAUUUAAGAGAGAAACAAGGUUCACAUCUAAAUGCUCGGCCAAUGAAAUAAUCAGUAAGAUUGAAGAAGCUGCAAAGCCCCUCGGUUUUGAUGUUCACAAAAAGAACUACAAGAUGAGACUUGAAAAUGUUAAAGCUGGAAGAAAAGGAAACCUUAAUGUUGCCACUGAGGUAUUUCAAGUUGCCCCUUCUCUUCAUAUGGUUGAAGUGCGAAAGGCAAAAGGAGAUACUUUGGAAUUCCACAAGUUUUACAAGAAUCUGUCAACUAGCCUAGAGGAUGUAGUAUGGAAAACUGAAGAGGAAAUGCAAGAUAGGUAGUAUUACUACCAUGAACUGCAAUGGCAUUAGCUUUUGCUUCGGGCCACUACUCGUAUAAAUCUUUGCAACUUCUUUCUUUCUUCCUUUCUUUCCCCGUUUUGUUCUUUUUUUCUGUUUUUUGGUCUGUUCUUUGUAGCGGGACUUUUUUCUCCCAAUGAGCCAAUGACCAUAUUAGGAUUUACCAUUUGUUUCAUUAUGCGUAGGACUUUUAUUCCUAUCAAUAUGCAGUUUGUAUAACUGGUAAACGCUUUUGACAAUUGUAUGCAUACAGCUUUUCAGCACCCUCAAAAACAAAAACAAAAAAAGAAGAUCCACUAAGGAGAAUUAUCGUUUUCCUUGUCCCA